AUGGCAGGAGAGAAGGAGAUCCAGACCGAUGGCUUUGCUCGUCUUGAGACGGCCCAGAGUGUGGUCACUAUUCCUCCCGACGUUUUCGAGAAGCUUUACCUCCAGCCUCAAAUGCCUGUCAAGGGCGAACUUCGAAAGACAUUCGCCAAUCCAACUCCAGUUGUGACACCUCUGUCUACCAACCUUCUUGGAUGGCGAGGCUCUGGCGGAUUUGGUGCUGCUAGCACCCCUUCUAGUGGAUCCUAUUUUUUCUGCGGUGGUAUGCUCAUGGUUCUGGGUGGCGUCGGCGAGUACUUCCUCGGCAACACCUUUCCAAUGGUCGUCUUCCUCACCCUCGGCUCUUUCUUCCUGACGUUCGGUUCAACCCUAGUCCCUGACUAUGGAGCCUACGCAGCCUACGCCACAGACCCGACCAAGCCUGCCUCUGGCCUUCAAAGCCCAGUCUUCUUCUCAUCCUAUGCCUUCUUCCUGCUCGGCUUCGCCAUCCUAACCUUCAUUUUCUGCAUAGCAGCCGUUCGAACCAAUGCAUUGUAUCUGGCUCUCAUGAUCCUCCUGGUCCCGACAUUCGCGUGUCUGGCUGCUGCUUUCUGGAAAUAUGCCGAAGGCGAUAUGAGUGCUGGACUAAGGCUGCAACAUGCAGGUGGUGGAUUGGCCUUUGCCCUCGCGCUAGGUGGCUGGUACCUAUUUGCUGCAAUGAUACUUGCUUCGGUGGACUUCCCAGUGACAUUACCCCUGUUCGACUUAUCUACGAUUGUGCCUGGAGCUUCGGAUCUGGCCAGGGCAAAAGUAAAGGGCUCACCAGUCUGA